AUGUCUGAUGACGAGUACGCCAUUUGGAGGACAGCUCCGGACGCAAGCAGACUGUGCUAUCAACAUUUCCUCUGGAGGGAACUCUACAAUGGCAACAUACAUCCGUCCAUACAACUAGAAGACAAGAAAGGCCUCCGUAUUGCCGAAUUCGCGACAGGUCACUGCUUGUGGGCAAUGCAAGUGGCCCAGGAAUUUCCAUCAGCUUUGGUGGAGGCAUCCGAUAUUGAUCUUAAUCUUGUACCUCCUUCAUCAGAACGGCCUUCCAAUCUUUUGAUUUCGAAAUGGAACUUCUUUGACGAGGUCCCCGAAAAUUGGAAAGGGGUAUUCGACCUUAUUCAUGUCCGUCUCCUCAUCCAACCGUUUGCAGGCUUUCAAGAUCCGAGACCGGUCCUUGAAAAGUUUGUAACAAUGCUGAAACCAGGGGGGUAUCUGCAAUGGGACGAAUAUGACUAUGCGGAUGCAGACAAGGGUCAUGUAUAUUCAGUUGAUGAUCCAGAUCUUGUUCCAAAUCCACGCGAAACUCACAAUUCUUCGACAAGAAUAUGGCAGCUGAUCAUGGAUACAUUUGGUUGGCCACAGAAUCACUUUGCUCAGCUUUCCACAUACUUCACCGAAGCUGGACUCAAAGAAUUGCAAGACCAUAAGAUCAGACCUCCGCCUAUGGUAUUCAGAGCAUUCCACGAACACUGGUAUGCGUUGAUUGCACAGUUACUGCCUAUUCUCGAGGCAAGAGAUGCCGAGGCAGGAAUUGAAGCAAGGAAAUUAGUGAGUCAGGUCAAAGAAGAUUCACAGACUUAUGGGGUCUUCAGCGCACAUAUCACCAAGUUCGUCAUAGGCAGGAAACCCGAAGAUGCAUCCCACACGAAAUCACUGCGUUCAAAGCUUUGA